AUGCAGUAGAGCAAGGAGCUGAGCAACAACUUCUUCAUAUUUCUCAACGACCAGGGAUAGUUUAAAAACGAUUCUUUCGACAACUGAGUAUAGCCGCAAGAAGACGUUGUGUUCCUUCCUCUAUGAUCGCAUCGACGUGGAACACUACCAUGAUCAUAAGUGCUUCGGCCAGCUAUCAGGAUGACUGAACAAUAUUGUUUCCACAUAAAAGCAAGAUGAUCAAAUUGGGUGAGCAUCGCAACCUCCCAACCAACUUGCGACGGCCCGCCGCCUCAUCACACAGUGGUGACAGCACCAACAGCAGUAGACGAAAAGCUCCCGCAGACGAGUCAGUUCUACCUGCCAAGAAUCCAGCCCUGCAGUCCCAGCAGCAAGCAGUUUCUCUCUUCGCUGAGACAAAUCGGGACAACCUUCAAAUCGCAACCAGAUCCGAAAUCCCUGAGCAAUGUAGUGCUUCCAAGAAGGCUUCGAAGUCAACUUCUGCAGCAGACCCAUCUUUCAGAACAAAACACUCCAGUGCCAGUCUAGAGGAGUUCAAGGAAAAUUCACUGCCUCCUUCGACAGUUUCUGUGGAUGACCAACUCUCCUAUUCAUCAUCUUUGUAUGUACAUGACAAUGCAGUAACUUGCAAUGGAAGUGCAGCGUUUACGCCAACUGUGCCUGUUGUUAACUCUGACCCAGCUUCAACUUUCUUACCUGCAGACGGAUCAGAGGUUAUGAUGCCGGUUCAGCCAGUACAUAUUAACAUCCACAGUGUUCCCAUUUACCACUUUGUACCCAGACAACUUGACCUUGGUGUCAGCUCAGCUGCUCCCGGCACUGUUAGCCGUGAAACUGUUUCUGAGCAUGAUAACAUCACAACACCAUGUCUACCUGAAGCCCAGAUGCCCUCUUUGCAUUGGGAUGAAGCCAGUGAGCCAGAUUCAGUUGCUCAGUCAAAGCAAAUGCCCGGAAAUCCUUCCACCAAUAAACGCUCUUCCACACCCUCGUCUUUCACGAAAAUACCACCAAAGAAAACGAUGACCAAGUCGCUGCAGUAUCAGUGCCCCAAAUGCCUCCAGAGGUUUGAUCGCAUCAUGGCCCAGCUCCAACACAAGUGCUGCCCAGAAAGAACGGGCGGCGGAUCACUCCUAAAUCGGCCUCCCCUGAAGCUUUUCAAGUGCCUAGAAUGCUGUGAGGAGUUCUCAGACCUGGAAUCAAAGAUCAGACACAAAUGCAGUGCCCAAAAGGAAGGCCUAUUCAGCCUCAGGGGUUCUGAAACAAACAGUUCUUGUCAUGGGGGCAAAACAGGGACUCAAGCCAAAAUGAGAAAGAAAGGUUCACAAAACUUGCCCAGAAGACGACGGAACACAUUCAUUGGUGAGAAGUAUGGUCUGGAGGCUGAGUCCAAGAAGAAAAGUGGUGCAACUGGACAUGUGGAGAAAAGGAAAAAUAUUACAAUGAAGAUAAAGCUUCCUCAGAUUGCCGUUAAGGAAAGCAUGUCGUCUGGUCCUGUUUAUUACAAACAGUUCAAGUGUGGCCUAUGCAGCAUGAAGUACCGGACUGUUGGCCAUCUGAAAAACCACAUUAAUUCACACUAUGGGUCCGAUGAAUACAAGAGGAACAGAUUGCCGUAUGUGUGUCGGAUUUGUAAGGCUGGUUUUAGGUACAGCAAAGCCUUGAAAAAACACGCUGCAGCUAAGUGCAAUGGCAAAAAGAAAAGUGGUGGAAAAGAGCAGAUCAACCAAUCAUCUGAGAUGAUCAAGGAGUCUUCAAAGAAACGUCCUUUUGAAGAGGUUAAUGCUGAAGCAUCCAAAACUACCAGCAUCCAGGACAACAGCAGUUCCUCUGGCCCCAGAUCUGAGGUUUCUAGGAGCCAACUGCAAUCUCCCCAGACUGACCAGAGUAGCCCAAGCAAGAGCCCACACAAAUGUGGCUUCUGUGGCAUAACAUGGGACAGUGCCACCACCCUUCGGAAGCAUGUCAGGAGCCAUUGGAACCAAAUUUUUGAGAAGCCAAGCAAUCCCUUGAUAUGCUCCCGAUGCAAUGAGGAAUUCGACAAUUGUGUCAAAUUGUUUCUGCACGUCAGGAGAAGUGGGUGCACAACAGCCAGUGAGGACACAAGCCAGUCAGAUGAAGGUGAGCCAAGGAAUGAGGUUAGGACACAAGCAGCUGUUGAUAAGCCAGCAAACAGCAACAGUGGUAGACCUGAAGUAACAGCCUGUCAAACACGCAACAAAGGAAAGUAUUCCUGCCCACAUUGUGGCCUCACAUUUUGGAGGUCUGAGAUACUGAACGUUCACCUCCAGAGCUCCCACCCACUCUUGCUUGACCAAGCAGAGUUCCCUGUCGAAAAUGCUGAAAAAUCAUCCCCUGACAGAAACAAUGAAAAAUUUGUCGAGCCAGCUGUCGAUCCAGUUGUUCAUACUCAACCAUUGGAGCCAGUUUUAUCCAAUCAAGAUUUAUCAGUUACUGAUCUGGACAGUGACUCAUGCAUGCGCACUGGGAUCUACCCUUGCCGAUGCAACAACUGCAAUCUUGAUUUUUCCACAUGGAAACAGCUUAAUGCCCAUCGUCGGACACAUCACCCCUUAUCAGUGAUUCAUCUCAAGCUUGGAAUGAACCAGCAAGGUGGCCCUGAUGAAUCUCUGGAUGAAGCUUCAGUAGACAUCAUGGAGGAUGAUUUCAUCCAUUCCUGUGACCUGUGCAGCAGGGUGUUCAGACAUUGGAGAUCCUUGGCCCUCCACAAGAAAGCAAAGCAUCAUGUGAAGGUUAUGUUUGCCAGAUACUCUGGACCCAAUAAACAGCCAAAUCAGGAGGCUACUGAUGUUCUCAGCUCAUCCCGUACCAUCCAGCAGAUGAGCACUUUCACUAGUGACUCUGUUGAUAUGGAGCAAGUGCCAAACCUUGUAGAAACCCAGGAGAAUUCAAACGCACUGAUCUACCACAGUAUUGAAGCAGAAGCUACCACAAAGAAGUCUACUAACCUCUGUAAAGACGUUUCUACUUCACCUCCUUGUGAUGUGCUACCCCAGCAGCCAAUAUCGGGUAUCAACUUCGCAAGAGGAUGUGCAAUUUCUCAAGGAAGCCAAUAUUUUGAACUUCCUGGGAGAGUAGAGCCAUCAACUGAUGAGGAUCUCAGUCUCAGGAGCAGUUCAAACCCUCUUUGUGAACCAAGACUAACUGUGGAAGAUCUGAAGAUUUCAUCAGUUGUAUCUCUCUUUGCAGGGGGCGGCCAGACAACAGACGACAUGCAAUGGCAAAGAAGCAAAACUGGCCUGAAACUAUCUGUUGACUCUGUACCUUCUGAAAAGAUCUCAGAGGAAGUGCCAUUUAAUGUAGAGGCCAGAAUACCAAUGAGCACUAUCAAUGUCUUGGAGGUCCCUCAAACUAGCCCUCUGGAUAAGAUAAUUCCAUCUAUGCCAACAGGCCAAGGGCAACAUGUCACUCCGGAUGCAUUCAACCUUAUCGUUGAUUCAGUGUUAGGGAUGGAGUUCCCCAGCCAUCCAAACAUUUUCGAAACAGUUACAGUCGUGGGGCCAAGUUCAGACGCCAUCUCUAAUGCACUCUCAUACAGUGAACAAGGAUGGCAUGGCACCAUGAAAAAGAUUACCUUCUCAGAGGCGAAGAAUAUUCUCAGGGUCUUGGAGAAAAAUUCAAUCUCCAAUUGCUACCACUGCAGUGUGUGCGGUGAGUGGUUUGACGGCAUCCCUCAUUACACGAGCCAUAUCUUGGCUCACUGCGACAUGGAAAAGUACUGCUGUUCAUUUUGUGGGCGGAUCGAUCUGAACAUUUUUGCAAUGCUUGACCAUGUUAUCAGUGUGCAUUGUGAACCAAAUGGGCCAACUUCCAACCAGGAUCAGUCUACACUAAUGGAUACACGAAAGCAAUCAAGUGUUGAUGAAUCUGAAGUGACAGACUUGUGUGAGACAUCAGAUCCAGAGAGCAGCCUUGACCAUCAAAAACCAGAUGCAAACUUUCCAAGAUCUGGCUGUGAUUAUGUCUUUGAGCCAAGUAGAUUGGAGAGCCAUCUCGGUCGUAAUGCUAAGUCUGAUUUAUAUGAGUGCCCCCUUUGUCUGUUCAAGAUUAAGAAGAAGAGUGGGUUGAUGUAUCACCUGCGCAUCCAUCAUGAGCUGCAUCCCUACAGGUGUAGGUAUUGCCAACAGAGGUUAAGUUUCAUCCCCGAUGUCCAGGUUCACUUCCUCCAGUCCAAUUGCCAGACAAUGCUAGGAAGCCAGCAACAAGCAGGUCACCAGCAAGCAGGUCACCAGCAAGCAGGGACAACUCUGGGAAACCAGGUUUCUCCAUCAGACAGGGAGACCUCUCACCAGGAGACAAAUUCAAGCAUCCUAGGUUGCCAGUCCUUUGGUACAGCUAGGUGUGGUGAUGACCAUUCUGUUCCGAGUGGCCAUACAGGCUGUGGUGAUCCUGCUUUAAUUUCAUCCCAAAACUCCAUUGAGGUUAGUGGAGAAUUAACAGCAAACACAUCCCGCUGGACACCUUGUGACACAGUAACUGAAGAGCAACACAGAACUUCAGACAUCAGUCUGAAAGCUGGUUCCCCUGCAACAAAGGAGGAUUUGCAGCCGAUUGACAAAGAUGGAGAGAACUUGCUUACAACUGUCAGAGUGAAGGAGGAGAGACUCUCUGAUGAUGAAGCUGAAAGCCCAAACUGCAUGAUGGAGGGCAACACAACCAGUCGUGUGAAAACUGAACUUCCCGAUGAGUGUGAUUAUAAAGGUGCUGAAUGGGUUGAUCAGCCUGACGGUGACUUUAGAGGCUUUGAAGAUCAACCUGAAGAUAACCCCAAAACUGAAGGAAAUCAGCUGGACAUCUCCUCUGACAUACCAUGUCAAAUGCCAAACAAUAUCCUUCCACGUUCUACUUCAUCCAAGAGCUUUGUGCGUGAAAUGCUGCAGAAAGAUGACCCUGUUGAUGAAGCAGAAGUUGCGGUCUCAGACGUGAUGACAGCUGAGAAAGAACAUGGUGUAGCUAUCUUGAUCAGCCAAAGUGAGGGUGUGUCAGAAUUAGAUAUUGUUAAGGACUGCAACAAAAACGGCUUGAAGCACAGGGAUGUUGAAGAUACAGAAGAGGAGAUAUCACAUUCUGCAGAUCAUGGAUUUGAGAAAGGAGCAGCUGAUAUCUCAAAUUCGAAUGCACUCAGUGAAAUAUGUGAAGUUACUGAGGAACCUGAAUCUGCAUGCGGAGGCUCUGAUGAAGUGUUGACUGAAGACUCAAAAAUUGAUAAUGCUGGAAGAGUUGGAGCCUCAAUGGAAUCUCCUGUAAUGAGCAGCAACACAGUUCCUGAGGACAAUCCCAUUAGCCAUGCCCAGCCUUUAGAUGAACUGUUUCGGCUAGCCAGUGAUAUCGGCAUCAUUGUUACUGGAUUAAACUUGAAAGACAGUACAUCAUAUGAAAACUCUACAUCUCAGAAAAUCAGUCCUGAGUCAAUCCAAAAUGAUGUGCAUAGGACUACAGAAGGAGAUGAGAGGUCAAAUGUAGGAUCUGUCACUAAUCCAAACAAUGCACAUGCAGCUGAGAUGGUCUUGAGCAAUCAUGUCGUUUCAUCCCAGGGUCUCCAAACUGCCAGUGACUCAUGUAAGUUACAAGAAUGUGCUUCUCCUGUUGGGAACGGCAGAAAGGAGAUUGAUGGAGACCAAAACAUUGAAUCGCAUGUCCACAUUCAGGAGGAACAUGAAAACCAGUUAUCUCCUAGUUUCCAAAAGAAACGCAGUUUAGAACUUCACACUGACAGCCAAGAUACCUUGAAAAGGCAGAAGAUUGAGAAUCCACAGAACAUUAGCAUGAAGAACAACAUCGCCAGUGAUAUAACAAUCGUGGACAGCUGCAAAGAAAGUGGUUGCGUAGAUCUGACAAACACGGAAACAUCAGGUGGGCCAGUUUCAACCCAAGCUCAGGAGGAACAGAUUGCAGACAACCUAUUUCUUGAUAUGGACAUUGGUGAAGACAAAAUAAUGUCAGACACUCUGAAAAGGAUCACCAAGAACUGUUUCACUUCUAGGAUCCUGGAAAGCUUUGAAAAGGAUUCUGUGGCGCCAGUUGUGACCCAAAACACUUUCAAUCUCGACCUUAUCAAUGGACCUCCCUUUGUCAGUAGAGGAAAAAGAGCCAUAACUGACACAGAAGAGAAGGAAGACGCCCCCAUCAGUGAGGAGAAACAAGAUGACCCUUAUGUAUAUAUAGAACAUACCAUGGAUGAUGAUGAUGGUAUGAGCGGCAUGCCAAAGAUCUUUGAUGUGGCAGGAAAUGGACAAAUGCCAGUUGUACCCUGUAGAAAUAAUGACAGUCCUCCAUUUACCAGUCCCUAUCCAGAUGUGCUGUUUAAUAGAGCAUCAGUGACCAAAGAUGUGGACAACAGAGGAGGAAAAACGAACAGUUACGCCUCCUUGGAGGGUCCUGUAACAGAUGUGGUAUAUUCAGGAACAUCAGAACCAGCACAACCCUGUUAUCCCAUGAAUGAAGGAAUCUCAUCUGCUCAUAGGUCACCUGAUGAAAGGAGAAGCGAUGUUCUCUUGAGAACCAUGCUGGAUUACCCAAUGGGACAUAGUCAAAGUCUAAAUCAACCCAGACUCCAGAUACCAUCUCCAGAGGAUCAUCUUAGAAAAGGCUUUGUAGAUGCUCAGAGUAGAAGGGCAUCGUUAUCAGGUAACCAGGAGGCACAGAAAUGCCCAUCAAUUGGUCAUCACACUCAGCAAUCAAGGAGGAACCAAAAUCAAUGGGGAAGACGUUACUCCAGGGAAGGAACAAGGAACCAGUACCUGAAAACAGACGCAGUAUCACCCAAAAAUAUUGGACAAGACAAUCAGAAUCAUUGUCUUCCAGGCAGCAGGUGGAGUUUAGCUUGUUCUUUCCCAGACAGCAGAGUCCAAGAAUCGCGGCACUGGUCAUCCACUAUGCUUCGCACUAACAACCAAACAGACUCCUACCAAUAUCAGGAAUUGUAUCAUGAUUCCCACCAAAGGAGAGCGCCAAUGCAUAGCCCUCAGGAAUACAGGCAGGAACAUUUCCUAACAUCACACAACCAUGUGGGUGCAUUAAGGAGAGAGAAUGAAGCAAGCAUGGCAUGUAUCACCAGACAAACUGAAGCCAGUGCUGCCUUUAGUCACCAGAAUGUGGACUCGAGAGAAUGGUGUUGGACUAACAACAAUGAACAAGGACUGAGGACACGUGUUGAAAACAGUAGCAUGGACAACAGAGGUCUAGAACCCUCAGCAAACCAGUAUCACAGCAUCCCUUGGCAACAACUUGAUGACCGCAGUUCUAACCACAGAAUGACAAGAUGCUCCAGAAGCUACAGUACCCUGGACUGUCAGCUCGUGUCACCUGAUGCAGAUAUCCGGCAGGUGCCUCCAAACAGACCAGAAACAGUUCAUGUCUAUCAAAGUGAUGGAAGGGCUCCGAUGAAUGCUGAAUCCCGUGACGAUGCUUACCGUAAACUCUGGCAGAGGCACUUGAGGAAACAGCACUCAGAUCCGUCAUCAAGCAGCUCUACCAACCCUGGCAGUGGGUACAAAUACCAAAGGAUGGGCCAACCUAUCACUGCACAGAGAAGAGAGUACAUGGAGACCAGACAAAUUGAUGAGCCACAGCAAGUGGCCAGCCAUUCCGUCCAGCAACAACGAGGCUAUAGCAGUCGGACCUGGUACCCACCAAGUCAUCCAGAAGAGAAUGCUUCUGGUGGUUUUCCUCAAAUAGUCAGUAUCUCCUCACUGCAUCCACACUACCGGUACUUGAACAGGACACAUUCAAUGUAGAUACUUACCUUGGGGUUAGUAACAAAUAUGACAUAUGUGUCCGGCUCCACAAUCAAAGGUAUUAAGUCGCACUUUGCAUUAUCGUGUAAUGGCCUGCUUUACAUUGAGAGGGUAAACAUUUUGUCAAAAUGUGAUUUAAAUUUGUUGCCAUCUUUGUUACCUAUAGUUUCAGGGUUCAUUUGCAGAAAUGAUGAUUUUGAUGAACAAAGUGAGAAAAAACACCAUUUUGUGUACAUAGUUCUGUUGUUCUACAUUAAAGCCAGCUAUUUCAAAGCCUGUUUUCUCAGUUGUGUAAUUUGAACUCAAAGGCAGUAAUUCAUAUGCAAAUACGUCAUCUCUCCAGAUUGUGAUGGACUAUGGAGCUUUAUAAUAUACCAAAUUAAAGUUACGUUGUGGGCUUUCCAACCAUGUUUAUAACUCAAUUUCACUUUCUUUUGCGACAUAAUACCCUUUUUGUGGAGCCGGUCACAUAUGUUCAUUUAUUUUAACCAUAUUUACUGUGAUAACUCAUCUAAUGGCAGUUUUAUUACAAGGAUAUCAAGCCUGCUUCCAAAAUUUUUGGAUGUCACAUUUCAGAAUCUCAGGGAGGAAAAAAAAGGACAAAAACAUUUUUGAUAGGGCGUGAUUUUAAGGGAGAGCGUGAUUUUAAGGGAGACAGCAUUUGAUGUUGCAGGAUUUUUUAUGUAUACAUGUUCAUGUAUUGGUCUACUUCCAAUUGACUGCUUUAUGACCUGUUGGAAUGUCCUUAGAGCCUGAGAAAGACAAACAAAAAGUUUAAGCACUUGGCUUCUUUCUUGGGUUUUUUUUCUGAUUCAGUUUAAUGAAGUUACCCAAAAGUUGCGAUUUUUAAAGUUGUUGAAAGUUGAAAUUUUGGGAUUUGUGGAAGAAUGUCGAGUGUUAAAGUUUGAAGGAUUCAGGGCACUUUCCUAGCAACAAUGUUGAGAAAAUUGAAGAUUUUGACAUUAUGUUCAGUUAAAGUUAACUGAGAAGUGAAUGAAAGGACUUGAAGGUUGUUUACUGCCGUUUCCAAAAUUGAGAAUAUUUUUCAAUAUUUCCAGGGAAGUUGAGACAUUUUGGAAUAAGUGAUUUUCCAAAACAACAUUUGGAAAAGAAAAAAAGACUUUUCGGUUUCAUAUUUUUAAAGUUAGACAAAUGCCACAGGAUGUGACAAAUCUUACUUUAUAUUUUGGUAUAUUUGCAAAACAGUGGACAAAACUGUUGUACAUGUGUUUUAAUAACUUUAAAAAAAACAAGCUGUUGGAAUUGUUCAGUGUCGUUUGGGAGGUAAACCUGACAGAUGCAACAAGGUUCAUCAGGUGUGACAAAGUAAAACAGGUGUAAAAUCAGUUGGAAUUUUUUUUAAAUGGGGCUUCGAUUCCAGUGCAUAAACUGUAUUAUUACAGGAUAGUUUGAGCUGCUCCUUUUAAGCCCCUGGCUUUUAAGCGAAGAAAGGAGGUUCUUCCAAAAGUGUAUUCCGUCUGUGUGUCUGUGUCUGUUUGGUUAGGUUAACUGUUUAGAGCUGUCAGCCUCUCAUGAAAAGUCACACUUCACUCUCAACCAAACUUUUUGACAUUAAUCUUUGGCUAUGGGGACUUGAGAUGAUUUGAGACGUUUGAGGUCAAAGGUCAUCAUGUAGGGGUCUAUGAGGUCAUUGUUGAUCUUGCUUAGGUCAACUGAAAAGUUGAACAGUGCCACUGUGAGAUACUGUACAGGUUUGCCAGGACUCUGCGGCAGUUUGGCCUUGUUUUUUUUUUAACCUAUUGGACCUCGUUACAAUGGGUAGGCUUCCCACUUUGACAACCGUUGUACAUGUUGAUGCAUUUAGUAGAGUUUCUAGACAAUGCCCCUGGAGGGUUAGGAUUGUGCCGUAUCUUUCUUAAUUGGAACUACAGUAUUAUUAAUUUUUUGGGGAGAUUCUUUAAGAGGAUCAGAGGAAACUUCAAUUUUUCAGCGUGCCUUUUUAAUGAUGCUCGUAACUUUUACACUGUUUGUAAUGGACCGUUCUGUUUUUGUCAAACGAACCCGUUUUUAUUUGAGCAGUAUUAAGUUCAAAAAAGUUUGGUAAGAAUUCCAUUAAUGGACAUCACUCAUUUUUCCCUGCAGUGACUUAUCGACUUUCAGAAAGUGAUAGCAUGUCCUAAAAAGUCAAAUUUAGCUGGGAAAAUAUUGAAGCAUUUACUGAGAAAACACUUUAAAAUUUUCAGACCAGUCACGUAGGGUUUGUGCACAGGGUGUCAAGUGAUGUUUAGGUAUGGAACACAUUCCAAAAGUUAAUUUUUCAACUUUUAAGAGUUUUCUCAGGAAUGUAAAGUAGCUGAAACUGUUAUUAUUAUUAUUAUUUUUUUUUGGAUUAUUUGUGCAAAGAAAUGCUAACAAAAAGGUUAUUAGUAUUUUUGUGGGUUUAAUUUGUGCAAGGUAAUGCUGACAAAAGGUUAUGUUAAACUUGCUGCUUUUCAAAAGUACAUGAACAUUGUAUUUGGAUUUUGUAUUUCAGAGAUGACAAAGAAAUACCCUCAAUUCUUUUUUUUUAAUGAGCAUUGUUUAUUGAAAUUGAUAUUCGCAAGCCCAGUUUGAUAC